GAGCCUGUCUUGGGGCCACACCCAGGUGAGAGAUCUUCCUUCCUUCUCUGGUUCCUUCCACAUUCAUAUUCAUAUUCCCAUUCCCAUUCCCAUUCCCAUCCUCACCCAUCUCAACCUCAAAUCCUCUGCAAACCAAAACCCAAUCUCACAACAACCCAAGGAAGGAUUCAGUUUCCAAAAUCCAUGGCGACGACCCCUUUCUUGCUCCAAACAAAUACCAUCAAAUGCACUCCUCCUCUAUUGCACCCAUACCCAAUUCGCCCCUCAUCGCCCCCUCUCCAACCCUCAAAGAUUCCAGCCAAAUUUCGCACCACCGCCUCUUCUAAACUAACCGUCAAAUGCUCCUUCUUGUUCCCGGCUAAUAAUAACGACGUCUCAAACAAGACGAGUAGUUCUAUACAAUUGUUUUCGGAUAAACAACGUGCUACUGCUAACAACCACUUUGAAAUUGUUUCCAAUUCGAUUCUGAAAGCCCUCCGCAAGCCCGCCGUGGCCGCGGUUCUGGUGGGCUUGCUGCUCAUGUACGAUCCCGUCAAUUCAGCCUUGGCCGCUUCUGGUGGGAGGAUGGGCGGAAAGUCCUUUUCGUCCUCUCGGUCGUCGUCUUCGUCCUCUUCAUCGUCGUCGAGGAGCUACACGACGCGGGAGGCGGGCCCACGCCGGGGUUUUUCUGAUUCUUUUUCCUAUUAUGCGCCUUCCCCGUUUGGGUUCAGUGGUGGAGGUGGUGGGUUUUUUUUGGGGCCGGCAGUGGGUGUUGGGGUGGGUGCUGGGUCGAGUUUCUUGUUUGUUUUGGCGGGUUUCGCCGCAUUUAUUUUGGUUUCGGGGUUUUUGUCGGACAGGUCUGAGGGGAGUGUUCUCACUGCUACUGAGAAUACAAGUGUUCUCAAGCUGCAGGUUGGGUUGUUGGGUAUGGGGCGGUCACUUCAAAGGGAUCUGAAUAAGAUUGCGGAAAGUGCUGAUACAUCCACUACAGAGGGUUUGAGUUAUGUAUUGACAGAGACAACACUUGCUUUGCUUCGGCAUCCUGACUAUUGUAUAUCUGGUUAUUCAUCUGUGGAUGUAAAACGAAGCAUAGAUGAAGGUGAGAAGCGGUUCAAUCAACUUUCAAUUGAAGAACGUGGUAAAUUUGACGAAGAGACAUUAGUCAAUGUGAACAACAUAAAAAGGAAAAGCACAACAAACCAAAGAGCUAGUGGAUUCAGCAACGAGUAUAUUGUGAUAACAAUCUUGGUGGCUGCUCAAGGAGUGCAUAAACUGCCUGCUGUAAAUGGCAGUCGAGACUUGAAAGAAGCCUUGCAAAAGCUUGCCUCUAUCCCUGCAAGCAGAACACUUGCUGUUGAGGUUUUGUGGACUCCCCAGAAUGAAAAUGACACAUUGUCGGAGCGAGAACUGCUUGAAGAUUACCCACUCUUGCGGCCUCUGUGAUUUAGUUGCUUGCUUACGGGUUUUCAGGAAGAGGUGUAUGGCCAAAAACUGCUUUUAGGAUCAGAAGUAGGCUUGGUAAGAAGUGGAAACCCUGUAUAUUGCUCACUUCUGCCAGGUUGAUUACAAUGUAAUUUUUUGUAUACUCACCAGGAAAUAGUGUUCAUUAUGAAUCGAAACCUAUGUCUCUUUUAAUUGUAAUUGUACCUCAUUUUUGGCCCACGAAAGUUCAUAGUGAGUGCGCUUCUGUACCUUACUGGUUUUGUCUGUACUUUUUAUUUUCUUGUAGGAGUAUCAUUUCUGCUUACAGCCAGAACAUUUGGACUAUGGUCUCUUUU